UGUCAAAUUGACUAUUUAGAAUAUUACCUUUAUUAUUCUACAGAAAAUAUUUGAUUUUAUUUCAAUAAUUUUGUAUCUGAAAUGGAUUAUAGCAGCAGCGAUGAAGAAGAAGCAGAAGAUUUUGGUAUGGAAGAACUUCAAGAAAUAGAAUAUGCUUUUGGUCAAUUUGCUACUGUUGUAAAAGAAGAAGAACCUGAAGGUAGUAUUACAGUGGACGAUCUAGAAUUCACUUUAAGAUCUGUAGGGGUAGAACUCACAGAAGGAGAGAUAUUUGCUGUCUUGGAAGAGUUUGAUCCGGAUAAUACAGGACUAAUAAACUUCAAGACAUUUCUGCUGAUUCUAAAAAAAAAUCUAAAACCUAUGACUGAAGAUGACCUCAAAUUAUGUUUUGCAAUAUUCGAUAAAGACAGUAAUGGACAGAUAGGUACUCCAGAAAUUCGACAUGUUGCAGCAGAUGUGGGAGGAAAAUAUAAUGAUGAAGAAAUAGAAGAUAUGUUGAGAGAAGUAGAUGCUGAUGGUGAUGGGAGAAUAAGUUUUGACGAUUUUGUCUAUUUCAUGACUAGACGAUAAUUUUUAUGUGUUAUUGUAAUAAGUAUUAAUAUAUUUGAUCCGAUUAUAAUGCCUUAUA